AUGGAGGAGUUAACUAGGAAGUGUGAUGGACUGACUUUAUCGGCAAAGGAAGGAGAAAGGGUGGUGCUGCCGAAAAAAUUAACAAAGGCAGAGAAUAUGUUGGCUGCGAAGUUUCUAACAAAGAGAGCCCUGAAUGUGGAAGCAGUGGCACGCACGUUUCGUCAGUUGUGGAGAACAAAAGAGAGUUUCUAUGUGAGUAACGCCAGGAAUAAUGUCCUACUUUUUGAGUUUAAUCUAGAUAUCAACACCGAAAAGGUUUUACAAGGCGAGCCGUGGUCGUUUGAUAGGCAUUUAGUGAUUCUACAGAGGUUUAAUGGUAGCAAGGCCAUAAAAGAUCUGGAGUUUAGAGUCUGUGCUUUUUGGGUUCAGAUUCAUGAUCUUCCCUUUAAGUUCAUGACUCCGGAGAUGACAGAGUUUAUUGGCGAAACUAUUGGACCCGUUAUCAAGUCCAAUGAUUCAAUGGAGAUGAAAGGAGGUACCUUUAUGAGGGUUAAGGUUAUGGUUGAUGUUACCCGACCUCUCUGUCAAGGAAGAAGAAUCUGCUUUAAUGAGGAGGCUGAAGGGUGGGUGGCUCUCCAAUAUGAGCCGUUGCCAAUAUUUGUUUCUGGUGUGGAAUGUUAUCGCACGACGACAAGAACUAUGAAGUAUGGUUGA